CUGCGCGCCGCGGCCCCGCCCCCUGCUGGCGUCACCACAGCUGCUAGCUCGUCGGUUAGCGUGCUAACAGCGUCCAGCAGUGAUGAGACAGCGACGGGAUGAGACAGCAAAGCUGCGAAUGAAGCCAUUUCUCCCUCCUCACGCGGGCCUGAGAGCAGAAAGCGGCGUGAAACGGAUUUAACCGGCGACUCGGAGCGUCUGAGUCCGAAUUCACUCAAAUCAAGAGUUCGGAGGAGCGUCCGCAAUUCUGAGGUGAUGUCGACGGUCUGUUUAUGUUCAUUUAUCAGCCGGUAACUGACGCGUGUCGCCGACACAAACGCGUAUUUCUGUCAGGACAUAAAGUUAACGAUAUUCUGCUGAUGGAUUGAGUUCGCUGUCGGUUAACCAAACGGCGCGGUUAACGUGCUAACCGGGAGCUAGCCGACGCUAGCCUGCGUUAUUCAUCAUAAACACUCACUGAUCACAAGCAGCGCUGAGAUUUGUCGGAGCAGCUGUCAAACUCUUUAAAUGGGGACUAUAAACGGUUUGCUAACGACGUCACUGCACCGACUGUAGCGUGUUCAUCAGCUCCAGCGCACCGUUUACCGACGACCGCCGUGAUGGCGCAUCCGCCGCCGGCCGGUUCGUCGUCCCCCGGGCCGCACAGCCUCGGUGUCCCGACGGUGAAGAAGAAGAGCGGCUUCCAGAUCACCAGCGUCCUGCCCGCGCAGGUGUCCUCCGCCAGCGCCAACAACAGCAUCGCCGACGACACCGAGAGCUACGACGACAUGGACGAGUCGCACACCGAGGACCUGUCGUCGUCAGAUAUCCUGGACGUGUCGGUUUCCCGAGCCACGGACACCGGCGUCCCCGAGCGGAGCUCGUCUGAGGAGACGCUGAACAGUUUACACGGCGGCGAGACGCCGGGAGUCGCGUCGCCUAACGAGCUGGUGAUGCACCAGGGGUACAUGGUUAACGGCGUCCAUCAUCAUCAUCACAAGACCGGGCGAUCCGUGGCUCCCUCUGCGACUCCUUCUGCGAUCCCCGUCGUUCCGCAGGCUCCAGCCCCGAGCGGACGCUCCGUGCAAGCGGAGGCCUGCGGAUCCGCGUCGAGCUCGGUUUCUGUCGCGACGGACUCCGCCGCUGGAGUUACGAUGCCGUUAGCAUCCGCAAAUCCUUCGACCACAGCGUCUCGCUUCAGGGUGGUGAAGCUGGACUCCAACUCGGAGCCGUUUCGGAAGGGACGCUGGACUUGUACGGAGUUUUACGAAAAAGACGCGCCGCCUGGAGACGUCGCGUCCGUCGCCUCUGUCGCUCACAGAGCAGUGGAGAGCGUCAUUCAAUCAGAACACGAGACCACGAGCGGCAGCUCCUCUGGAAGCACCUUGAGCGGCGGCGGAGAUGUCCAUCAGGUUUGCGCUCACAUGGUUCCUCUGACGGAGAGCUCAUCCGCUCCGGUUCGAUCCUACAGUGUAGAGCCCCAGAGCAGCUACACUCCGGUGGAAUACGCUCAGAUCGCGGCAAACGUCCAACCUCUUCCGAUUCCGAACGCAGUGUCGCCCAGAGCCACUCCAGUGUCCAUCGGGAUUCCGGGGCCCGUGUCUCCGAGGCCCCCGCAGAUGGGCAUCAACCCGAACCAACCUGGAGCGCAGCUGUCUUCAUCCCGCAGCUCCGCUCAGAGCGACCUGCAGCCGCUGAGGGCCCCGCUGCACCUGGCGGGCCCCGCAUACGUGACGGCCUCACAGCUGGAAGAUGCGCAGCGGCUCCUGCUGCAGCACCACACGCUGCUGUCUCUGGCUGCAGGAGGCAGGGCUGGGCCGGUGGCUGCUCUCGGACAGGACGGCGCUGCCAGUGCUUUUACGGUCUCAACUGGUGCAGAUGAAGACAGUUCCUCCGGAGCCAGUGUUGUGGCCAUAGACAACAAGAUCGAGCAAGCCAUGGACCUGGUGAAGAGUCACCUGAUGUUCGCGGUGCGUGAGGAGGUGGAGGUGCUGAAGGAGCAGAUCAAGGAGCUGAUGGAGAGGAACUCUCAGCUGGAGCAGGAGAACUCUGUGCUGAAGAACCUGUCCAGUCCAGAGCAGCAGACACAGUUCCAGGCGCAGGUCCAGACCGGAUCGCCCACCGCAGGGGCCCCGGGCCCCGGACCCACCGCCUGACUACCUCUCGAGACGCGAUGCUGUGAACGGACUCCGCAAUCAACACGGCACAGACGCUGCUUCUCAGACAAUCCGGACCGGACGGUAUUAUCCAGCACUCCAGUCUCUCUGCUGGUUUUAUUGGUUGGCUUUUAGUUUUGUUCCUCUAGCUGUAUUGAAUGCAUAAGGAGCACUUUGUCGUCGACAUGUGAAUAAGACCAAACGAGCACCGCCCCGAGGACGAGCGUGACCUUUGACCCCCGAACCCUUGCCCUCUGUGUCAAGGACUGCGAAUCCGCUUUCAGGACGGAUUCUCUGUGAGCUCGUGAACGAGUUCUGCUCUCGUUAAGUAUUUGCCUUACGGUCCAUGGCUCUGGUCACACGGUCAGUCUGUCAGUGACCUGUGACCUCACAGUAUGUGCAUGUUUCCUUCAAAAUAAUGUGACGUCAUGCAGUUGCACUAAACUGUUGGCUUUAAUAAAUGACGAGGAAAUGAAA